GGACACUAGCUAGGAUCUGCUGGCCAAUACAAUUUCAUCUUCCAAAUAAAGCUGUAACGCCCUCUCCCCCACUGCUAGCCCAGAGAGUAAUGUUAGAUAGUAAAUGGCCACUCAUCUUAGGAUUUCAAAAAACUGCCAUUUUUGGUACCAUCUCCUCCUCUUGGUACAAGCCACCUGCGCCUUCUGCUACCAGUACAAGGUUGGAGAUCUAGAUUCAUGGAACAUUCCCUCCUCAGGGAAUUCAAAAGUCUAUGCCAAAUGGGCAAAACAUCAUGUUUUCAAGAUUGGAGAUUCACUUUUUUUUUUGUACCCACCAAGUCAAGAUUCAGUAAUACAAGUGACUGCACAAUCCUACAAGAGCUGCAACCUAAAAGAUCCAAUCUUGACCAUGGACAAUGGCAACUCCUUGUUCAACAUAACAGAAGCAGGGGACUUCUAUUUCAUUAGUGGGGAAAAGGGUCACUGUGAAAAGUCCCAGAAAGUCCAUGUUUUUGUGGCUGGAGGAAAUAAUUCUUCAUCAUCUUCUGAUAAUGCAGUCUCACCCACAGCUAAUGGUCCAUCUUCCUCCUCAGCAGCUGGGCCUUCUGCCCCUAAUGUCUUUGGUUCUAUCCCUUUUCAAGCUCCCCCUUCUUCGUCGGUAAAGGCUACAUUCUUUUUCCAUAUUCUUGCUUCAUGCCUGGGUUUAUCUCUGUUCUUGAACAGAACCAUAUGGUGAUAUUGGAAAGGUCACAAGCUUAUAUGGGAAAAAUGGCACAAAUUAUUUCAGUUUGAUGAGUUUCUGCAUUCUUGAAGAAUUACAUGUGGUUUUAUAUUUGUGUUAACCUUUUUGUUGUUGGUUCUUUAGAAACGCAUUGGAGAGAACAUUAUUCUUUCAAGAGAUGAACGAUUAAUUAACUUGUGCUGUUUUGUAAGUGAUGCAUUUAUGUGAACAAACAUACUCCCUUCCAAUGAUCUAGUAACACGACUCAAUUCAAAGCUUAAUAGGAUUG